AUGGGAUCUCUUUCUCUCUUCUCCGUCAAUGCAGUUCUUGUGAUGUCCGCCGAUGAUGGCUCUCGCAUCUUCGCAAAGUACUACUCACCACCUCACCCCCCAGCCGGCACUGCCCCCAAUUCCACCGAUUAUCCCGGAGCCAACCCCUACCCGACACUGAAGGAACAGAAGGCGUUCGAGAAGGGCCUCCUCGAGAAAACCAACAAGCAGACCAGCGAUGUGAUCCUUUACGACAACCGGAUUGUUGUGUUCAAGCUGGAGAGCGAUGUGAUGCUCUACGUGGUGGGCGGUGCCGAAGAAAAUGAGGUGCUACUGUACAACGUUGUUCUGUCACUGCGGGAUGCUUUGGGAAUAUUAUUCAAGGGUGCUACGGAUAAGCGCACAAUCGUUGAGAACUACGACCUUGUUGCCCUGGCCAUUGACGAACUUAUCGAUGACGGUAUCAUUCUUGAGACGGACCCCGUUCUCAUUGCUUCCCGUGUUAGUCGUGCGCCCCAACCGGACGCACCGAAUCUCAAGAGCAUUGAUCUUUCCGAACAAGGUCUCCUCAAUGCUUGGGAGCUUGGAAAGCGACGUCUGGCGGAAGGUUUGCGACAGAUGUAG